AUGGCACCCUCAUGGUUGAGUGAUAUUCGUCGCAUCAACCGAAACAACUUUGCAACUCUCCGUGCAGCACCAUGGGCUGAGAUUUCCGGGUCACUGGGUGACUUAGGCACUUUGCUUCCGCUCAUGAUCGCUCUCGCAGCACAGGGAUCUAUCGAUCUAGGAAGCACACUUGUCUUCACUGGCAUCUUCAAUAUCUUGACCGGUGCAUUUUAUGGUAUUCCUCUGCCUGUUCAGCCAAUGAAGGCCAUCGCAUCAGCAGCCAUUCAGAACAACUCUUCCAUGGCCGUUGCCACAGCUGCUGGCCAGUGGGUUGGCGCUGCUGUACUCGUCAUGAGUGUCACAGGCCUCUUAAGAUGGGUCGUUCGGAUUGUGCCUCUUCCAGUAGUAAAGGGCAUUCAACUGGGAGCUGGUCUAUCGUUGAUUCUUGGGGCAGGCUCGUCACUGCUUCAACCUCUACACUGGGCACAUCCAGCUCUUGACAACCGCAUAUGGGCAUUGCUGGCUUUCUUAGUCCUCAUCGGCACACAAAAACUACCACGAUUUCCAUAUGCUUUGCACUUCUUUGUUCUCGCUCUGGUGCUAGCUUUUGUAAAAGUCACCAAUUCUCAUGAGAGCCUUCCGUGGUUCUAUGUUUGGCGUCCUCGUUUCACCAUGCCUCACUGGAUUGGGCACAGUGAUUCGCCUGCUCUAUGGAUGGCUAUCGGGCAGUUACCUCUUACAACACUCAACUCUAUCAUAGCUGUCACUGCACUAUCGCAUGAUCUCCUGCCUGAGUCGCCUACUCCCUCGGUAACGUCUGUUGGGAUCAGUGUAGCUUUGAUGAACCUGACCGGCACUUGGUUCGGAGGUAUGCCUGUAUGCCACGGCGCUGGCGGCUUGGCUGCACAGUAUCGUUUCGGGGCCCGUAGCGGCUCCAGCAUCAUCAUAUUGGGCCUGUUCAAGCUAUUCUUAGGUCUUCUCUUGGGCGAAACUCUCAUGGAUCUCCUGAUGCACUACCCGAAGAGCAUACUUGGUAUCAUGGUCAUAGCAGCUGGUCUUGAGCUUGCCAAGGUAGGUAACAGUCUCAAUCAGGGCGCUUCCGACUUGUGGCAUACAGCUUCUGGACAAGGACCCCGUCGCCAACGCGAUCUUUCAGAAGAUGAGCGCAUGGAGAGGUGGACGGUUAUGCUCAUGACAACUGCCGGUAUUUUCGCCUUCAGGAACGAUGCUGUAGGUUUCUUUGCGGGUAUGCUUUGCCACGGAGCAUACCGUCUCUCAGACCGACUGUCAAGGAGGUACUCACAUGGCAUCUCCUCAACCGAACGUGAGGCUCUGCUUCGAUGA